GAAUACUUCCCACGCACGAUUAUGGAGAAUCAAGGAAAGGAAAACGACGGUGGUGAAAUCGAAAUCGAGGAAAUCGCUGAGGAUUUCCAGUGUUGUGUUUGCCUGGAGCUUCUGUACAAACCAAUUGUACUAGGGUGUGGGCACAUAGCAUGUUUCUGGUGUGUACAUUACUCAAUGGAUUCAUGGAAAGGGUCUCACUGCCCAAUUUGCCGCCGCCAGUAUCACCAUUUCCCCAGUAUCUGCAGAUUGAUGCAUUUCUUGCUCAAGGAGCUGUAUCCUAUAGCCUAUAAAAGAAGGGAAAUGCAAAUGACAGAAGAAGAGAAGGAAUUAGAAAUUAUAUCUCCACAGCUUGAAGAUUCUGCCUCUGAGUAUUGCUCUAAAGAGCUUUCUGCUAAGGACUGCUCUUCAUCACAUUCUACCAUGGCUUCGCAAAGAUCUGAUUCUGCACUUGUAGGAGAAUCUUCUUCCCUGGUUCAUGCUUCAUCUCAUAUCAGUACUACCGUGUCAAGUUGUAAACCAACUGCUGAUGCAACCAAAAACUCCAAUGAUGGGGAUGAAGUUAAAGCAGAAUUUGCUAAACGGGAGUUUGUGACUAACUUAAAUUGCAGGAUAUGUGAGCAGUUGUUAUGCCGCCCUGUAGUUCUUAAUUGUGGCCAUGUAUACUGUGAGGGGUGUAUUGUUAACCAAUGUGAUAAGUUGUGUAGAUGCCCAGCUUGUCAAAUGGAGCACCCGAAUGGGUACCCAAAUGUAUUUUUGGUUCUAGACCAUUUCCUUGAAGGGAAAUUUCCCGAGUAUGCAUCUAGGAAAAAUACUUAUCUCAACAAAUCUGAUUCGCAAUGCAAAAGCAGCUCAACAGGUCCUGUGCGAACAAAAGCUGGCCAAUCUUCAGAAGUCCAUGAAUAUGGUCACGGGGCAUUUGUACCCAACAUUCACGGUCAAGGGUCCAAGAUUCACUAUGGUGCUGGUUGUGAUUAUUGUGGGAUGCUUCCUAUUAUCGGGGAUCGCUACAGAUGCAAAGAUUGCAAAGAAAAGAUCGGGUUUGAUCUGUGUGGAGCUUGUUAUAACAGUUCGUCGAAGUUACCAGGCAAAUUUAAUCAGCAGCAUAGACCGGAGCAUAACUUUGAACUCAUACAGGCACCACAAACAAGCUGGAUACGGAUGUAUGGUCAACAAUUUGUGCAGUUCGUGUACGAGGAUUCCUCAGAGCAUGGUUCUGCCCCAGAUGAUCCUGAGGAUAGUGCACCAAGCCCAAUUUCCCUAAAUGAUAAUGGGGAAGAACGUUCCAGCCAAUAGUGCAGUGGGCGGAAUUUUCCCAAAUGAUAGUUGGCAAAACCUCAACACUGCCCAUUUUCAUCCCGCAAGCUUAACUCAGUGAUUCAAGGGUCACUCUGGAAGUGUUGCUUCAGUGGCAGGGUGGGGUUACCCUCUACUGGGGGACCUAAAGCCCAAAAAGGUGAAGAGCGGUGAUGAAGACUUGUUGUGUGCAGACUCAUUUUCGGACAGGCAACAUAGAGGAACAGGAAGUAGUUGACUUGGCGAACUGCAGUUUAGAAAUACUACAGAUUCGAAACAAAAUAAAAGUAUUUGUUUUCUUUAUAUAAUAAGAUACUCGUAUAAAACUACCAACCAAAAUCUUGAGUAUCAAUAGUGUUAGGAUCAAGUGCUUAUCACUAUGUUUAUUUCUUUAUAUAUACUGCUAUAUUUUGAGAGGUAGAGUGUUGCUCUUGGCUCUUUAGACCUCCACCUAACAAUAUCCUAGUCAUUUGACCAGUAAAUAGUAUUGAGGCUCCUAUGUAAUAGGACAGGUCAAUUGUAUAAAGAAGAUAUGUAAUAGGACUUGGUUCUGUUCCAUUUGAUCCAAUGGAGAACACUGGUGGCUCAAUUUCCACAAUGGACAGUGCAGAAGACACCAUCCCUUGUCUAGAUGCCCCGGGGAACAAUGCUGCAGGUGCACCUUCCCAAAAUGAGAACAGAGAAGACCAAAACUCUACUUCAGAUAACAGAGUGGAUAGUGCAUAAGGGCCAUAAAGGAGUUAAUAGUUUUGUUUCACUAGCAGUCAUGAGAUGUAGGGUUCAAUUGCCUCUGUUGUGGGCAUCAAUGUACAAGCACUUUAGAGAACUUAUAGGUCUCCCGCAAUCUACCUUCUCAACCAAGGCUCCAGAGUAAGGGCGGUGGGGCCUUCAGCAUUGGGGUGCAAUCGUUUUUCAUUUGCUACCAAA